AUGAACGCAGUAUACACAAAGUCCAGUCCCAAAAUUCAUGACUACAAUCCAAUAACCCACUCUCCUUUCUACUCAUCUCCAAAUGCUUCGAUUGAAAUUCCACCAUCAAUAAGCAAAAGAAGCUCAUCAUAUAUGGAAAAGUUUAUGCCAAGAUCAACAAAAGAGCCAAUUCCUGAACAAGGAAUUCCAGCAAAUUACCCUAGAAGCCCUCUUGCUAGAAGUGGGCUGCUUCGAAUUAAUAAUUCUCAGUCACUUAGUCCUGGAAAAUAUAAUUUUCCGAUAAACUCCCCGAGAUUUUAUAAGAACAAGCCAAGGCUAAGAGCGGUUGACCCCAUCAUUGGAGUGAAUUAUAGCGAUGCCAGCAUAAAUUCUCAAUCAAGUUAUAUACGAGAAAACUUUGUAGACUAUAAAAUCCAAAGACCUAAUAUUUUCAAAGGCAAAGACCACUCAGAAAUGAUAUCAAAUGCAUUGAAAAAAUCGAAGCCAUUUUCAAAUAUAACCCCAAGCGUUUCUAAAGCAAACGUAAAAUCAGAUUUACCUGAUCCGUCUUACCAAAAAGCUUCUGAAGCAUUUUUUGGUUAG